AUGCCAGCAGCGGGGCCCCAGGAGCGGGCCCCCAGGAGCGGGCCCCCAGGAGCGGGGCCCCAGGAGCGGGGCCCCAGGAGCGGGACCCCAGGAGCGGGGCCCCAGGAGCGGGAUGCCAGCAGCGGGGCCCCAGGAGCGGGACGCCAGGAGCGGGACGCCAGGAGCGGGAUCCCAGGAGCGGGGCCCCAGGAGCGGGCCCCCAGGAGCGGGACCCCAGGAGCUGGACGCCAGCAGCGGGACCCCAGGAGCGGGGCCCCAGGAGCGGGACCCCAGGAACAGGGCCCCAGGAACAGGGCCCCAGGAGCGGGGCCCCAGGAGCGGGGCUCCCAGGAGCGGGACCCCCAGCAGCGGGACCCCAGGAGCGGGACCCCAGGAGCGGGGCCCCAGGAGCGGGGCCCCAGGAGCGGGGCCCCCAGCAGCAGGGCCCCCAGCAGCGGGACCCCCAGCAGCGGGACGCCAGGAGCGGGACCCCAGGAGCGGGACCCCCAGGAGCGGGACCCCAGGAGCGGGACGCCAGGAGCGGGGCCCCCAGCAGCGGGCCCUCAGGCCUGCCGCUAUUUCCUGGCAGAGGCCUGA